CUCUUAUGUUGAAUAAAAUUGAAACAGUGAUAGAAAAAAAUGAAAUCAUUAAACUUGCAGUUAAAUUGAUCUGGAAUGCCACAGAUAGAAAUGUUUCUUCUAUAACAUUUAAAGGAGAUUCUUCAGAAAUUUUUUGUAAAGAUCGUUCAAUCAUUGUGGAUCUGGGUGAAACAGAUGUAGUGAUUAUAAAAGGCGAAACUUAUAGAAAAUUGAUAGAAAAGGGAACUGUGAGUAGUGAAGACACAUCAAGUGUUGAUAGCGAAGAAAUUGAGAAUGUGUCUGGAGUUCAACAAAGCACCACCCAGCAUGAACAAAUCUUAGCAAAUCAAUCUAAUAGCGAGAUAGUUAAUGACAAUAGUGCAAAAAAUCAACUUAAUGAUUCACAAUUAUAUGUAUCCAACAUAAUUGAUCAAGAAACAAAUGUAGAAUCUAGUUUCGAAAUACUCGAGGAAUAUACUAAUGACAUUGAUAAAGCAGACUUUUCACAGAUUGAUGAUGGUCGGGAUAAACAAAAUAACACACUGUCAACACUGCAACCUUCAAGCAUUAAGGAAAAUGCUGAUACAUCAUUAUCGAAUAAUAACAAAAACAAUCAAUACGACGACCAACAAUCUGACGAGUAUGCUGACUCGACUGAAGAAAUUGAUGAACUAAGAUUUGAUAAUAUAUUAAUUUCAAAAUUGAGAAAAAGGAAUUCUGACAAACAAAAUAAAAUCAAUGAAUUAUUUAAAGCUUCAAAGACAAUUAAAUCUAAAGUCAAUAAGGUCAGUAAUGAACCUGUUAACGAUUUCAUAGAACGCGUUCCUUCAGAUUUGACAGAUGAAGAUUCCUUAACUAGCAUUAGAGAAAUAUUGAAGCCAUCUGUAACCCAAAACAACCAUCCGAGUAAAGAAACAAACCUGCCACACCCUAAUACUAUUAAUGCUGAAACAAGUGUUGCAGAAAGCAAUAGAAAUGUUAACGAAUAUCCGGUAACUUCAUCGCGUGAAAAAAGUAAUGAUAUUGUCAUCUUAUAUAAAAGGAAUCCUGCAAGAAAAAAAAACCAAUCCAAUAUAAAUAAUGAACAUGUUGAUAUUAAUCAGGAAACUAAUGAAAUUGAGCUUCAGUCAGACCAUAGCAUACAUGUAAGAAGUCCUGAUUCUACUGAGGCAGUUACUGUCAGUAAAAUUGAAAGCAACAAAACUAAUAACAGGUAUCCUGAAUCAAAAUUAUUAAAGAGUUUUGCGUCUCAAGAUCCAAGUAAAAUAUUUGAAAUGUUUUCUCAGCAUAUCAACCGAUAUUUUAAUAAAGUUUCGGAAGUGUCAAUAGAACCCGAACCAUUCCCAAAGAUAAUGGAAGAUGUUCAAAGCUGCUCUGAAUAUCUGAAAAGUUGA